AUGAUGCUCUUGGGUGCACUCAUCCUCCUCGUACCGCUCGUGCAGGCGUCGGUUCUGACACUCCAGUCGCCGAGAUUUACGAUUACUUCCACAAAUGCAUCUCAAGCACGAGCGGAACCGAUAUCUCUGGUGAAAAAGGCUUCACCUCCCCUUAGCCUAGGGCCCACCGAUACCCUCAAAAUCACCUUCCAAGUGAUCGAGAAGGACUCUGGAAAUGGUGUUCAACCGCACCAGACCUUUCUCCGCUUCUACGACGAGGUUUCGCAGGAGGAGGGGAUUCAGCCGCUACGAGUUAACAGCGCGGGGAAGGCCAAAUUCGAACUGGUAAGUCGGCCCCACCGCCACUUUGUGUCUCAUAUCAUUCAAGGGUUUCAGAAUAUGGCAAAACCUCCGUUGUCUUUGCCUCCGACAUCGAAAGAUCCCUUGAAAGUCACCCUCAUCAUUGGUUCGCACGUGCACUCACCCCUCAAGAUUGAGCUGUUCGACCUCUAUGUCCCCGCUUCGCACCCACCACCUCAGCACCCAGACGAGGCCUCCUUCCAUCCGCUUCCAGUCAUCCAGCACACUUUCCGUCCCGAUCAGAAACUGCCCCCGACAACUAUUUCUGCGGCUUUCUCCGCUUUGGUACUAGCUCCCUGGGUCGUCCUACUUGGCUUGUGGGCCAAAAUAUCUCCGCGUGUACCGCGUCUCUUUUCCCCCAGCAUCGUACCUUUCGUUGCUACCCUCACUGCCUUUGAAGUGUUGCUGUUUUGGUACUGGAUUGAGCUCAAGCUCGGCCAGGUGCUGUUGUACGGUGCUAUACUGGCUAUCCCCACCGUCUUCGCGGGAAAGCAGGCUUUGGUCAGCAUUGGCCAGCAGAGACUCCGUCAAAAAUAG